UGAGACUUACACUUUGCUCAGACUGAAGUGAAACCACAUCUUGACUCAGACCUGUGAGGACUCCCUGGGAUCUCAGAUGAUCGUCGAGAAUGGAUUAGACUCUGAAUGAAAAACUGGACUUUCAUACGCAAGAAACUGAAAACUUAGAAGAAGGGAAAAAGUUCUGAAGAGUUGCCAUAUUCUUGACCCUGGAGUGACAUGAAUUGAUGCACCUCCUGUGAUUUUGAGUUUCCUCUCCACUGGGACACUCUCACUGGAGAAUUAGAAAACGUUCAGGACUAAGUAAGUCUUCAUUGUGAGUCGUUAUCUUGGGGGAAAAAAGCUCACCUCUGGCUCUCGGCUCUAAUCAGGGACUCACCCUGCAGAACUGAUAAGCUCAAAGAAAAAAUCAAUAGCAGAAAAUCUGCACUCACCACUCUGUGACCAUGAGUGAGGAAAUGGAGAUAGCAGAAGAGAAAGACUGGCACGAACUUGAACCCAACUACCCGGUCAAAAUCUUCCUCACAGUCCUGUACAGCCUCAUCCUGGUGACGGGGAUUGUGGGUAAUUCAGUCACCAUCAGAGUGACACAAAUACUGAAUCGAAAUGGUUACCUGCAGAAAAAUGUGACCGACCACAUGGUUAGCUUAGCAUGCUCAGAUAUGUUGGUGCUCCUUAUUGGCAUGCCCGUUGAGCUCUACAGCGCCACCUGGUUCCCAUUCACGUCGAAUUCUGGCAACGCGUCCUGUAAAAUCUACAACUUCCUGUUUGAAGCUUGCAGCUAUGCCACCAUCCUCAACGUAGCCACGCUAAGCUUUGAGCGAUACACAGCGAUCUGUCACCCGUUUCGAUUUAAAGCUUUGGGUAGAAAACGGACCACCGGACUCAUCACGUUCGCCUGGCUGGCGUCCGUGCUCGUCGCCCUGCCUUUGCUCAUUGCCACAGGAACGCAGGGACACAUCCCCUUCCUGGCGGACACACCUGUCCAGAAUCUGACCUUCUGUACCAACCUGAGGGAGCACUGGGUGAUGUACAGGGUGAGCGUCUUUCUGGCGUUCAUCAUCUACAUGAUCGUGUUGAUCUGCGUGGCCUUCAUGUGCCGGGCAAUGAUCCUCGUCCUCCGGAGACCUUUAGGAUCCACGGAUGGCGGCCUCGACGGAACUCAAAGAGCACCCAAACACGAAAGUCAAAAGAUGAAGACGGCCCGUAAGCAGACCAUCAUUUUUCUUGGUCUCAUUGUGGGAUCUUUGAUGGUCUGCUGGUUUCCAAACCAGAUUCGUCGUCUCAUGAUGGCGGCCGUUCCAAAGUCCCGCUGGACCACUUCUUACUUCCGGAGCUACGUCACUCUCCACCCUGUGGCCGACACGUUCUUCUACCUCAGCUCGGUCCUCAACCCGUUCCUCUACAACCUCUCCUCCAGACAGUUCAGGGAGGUGUUCAUGCAGGUGCUGCGGUGCCGCCUCACCAUCGAACACAUCAACAAGCGCACACUGCGCUCCAACGCCGCCUCCGGACGAUCCCUGCGGCCACUUCUUCUAAAGUCAUUACGUCGCAGCAAGGUUAAUGCCCGCACCGUCACACUGGAGAAAACUCCUCCCACUUUUACGACCUUCCAGCAGCAAAGUGAUUCAGGAGUGGCUUCAAACGCUGAAACCUCUCUGGACCUGACUGAAGAGUCUGAUUCCACUCCCAAUACAAAGACACACAUACCAUCAGAGAGUGACGUAUAAUGUUCUGUACAUUUUAAUGCAACAGUAAAAACAAACCAAUGAUGCCUGCGCUCGUAUCAGACACAAUUAAAGAAAUAUUUCUUAUACACAGUAAACCCUGUACCAAGUGUAAAGGCAAAAAUGUAAUUAACAGAUUACACUCAGCUGACAUUUUGACACAAUCGUGAACUGGAUGGGACUCCUCAAAGAGACGGACGUUUAUCAUAAGACAUUUUAAUUCAGCCAGAACAGUGUUAAAAAAAGUUUAAAAAAAAAUUUUUUUAGGCAUGAAGACCCACAGCUUGACUUCAUUGGCUGUAUGAAAGAAUUAGAUGUAGAAGUGAAGUCAUUGGGGCCCCUUUCAAACUCUUAAAGGAAGAAUGUGCAACUUUUUGAUCCAGUAGAUGUCGCCCUUGAGCACCAGCAGGAAACCAUAACAAACUGCUGUUUGGCGACACCGCCGUCUUACAUAAGCCUCCAGCGACAACUCCAACCCUUCUCCAUUUGCAUUCACACGAAGGAGUUAAGCUCAAGAGGCGGACAAGAGUGUCCUUGGCUCAUGCUUCAAUCACCUGUGUCCUGCAUUGUUGUGUUAGCGUGCUAAUGUUAGCGCUCUUUAGCUCGUAGCUUCACAUUACAUGUUAAUUGAAUCUGAUUGAUGGUGAUCUCAAAAUGCUUAACAAAAAAGCAGUGAGUUUCUCUCUUCUUCUUCUUCUUCUCUCUAGUCCUUGACUAAAACAGCUUUUUUACACAAGGGGAGGAGCAUAAGCAUAAAUUAAUGUUAUCUCUUGUUUUAGUUUUUUUUCCCUGUGUUAACAUUAUUACGAUCAGCUGAUGAAAAAACAUAUAUAAACAGAAUACAGAUAUAAAAGUUGUAUUAUUUUGAACACAUCUUAUUGAUCUUUUUUAUAACGUCAAAAUCAUUUUUUUAAAACUCUUAAAUAAUAAAGUGAAAGAUUCACACCCCUGUGUUUCAUACAUGUUAUUUUCCAUGAACCCCUCCCGCUCUAACUGUUAGCCCUGCCACCAUGUGCGGGGAAGAACGACCCCCCAGCCCAUUCAGGGAAGUUGUGUGUAGAGGUUUUAUAAAGGAGAACCAACAGACCUUCAAAACAGAAGAAAAUACUUUGUACGGCCACAAAAGACAAAAUGUAGAAAGUGAUCUGUGUUCAGAUGUUUAUUAGCUCUCGUCUGCUGCUCUCUCUGCCUUACAGAAAUAAUGACACCUGACAGACGGGUGAGGAGAGUGUGGAGACAGGAGGUGGAGGGGGGCAUUUGUUUUGGUCUGAAAAUCUGCUCCGAGUGUCGUGUAGUAAACCUUUAAAGGACUACCUCAGAAACUUCCUUCUCUUCCCAAACUGACCUUUGGGUGAAACAACCAAAAGAUGCACAUACACCGACACACCGACAUGUAGGUGCUGUAGAUACUUCCUGUUCAUAUGUGAUGCUUUAUACUGAUCCACCUUCAGUCAUUUUAGAUGCAGUAGCAUGUGGUCCAAAGUUUGUAUCAUGUUUGUAGAAAUCUGCAUGCUCAUAGCUUUAUGUACAAUAUUUGUAGGCAACUGAAAAACAGAACUUUACGACUUUCCAGAAGCUUCCAGUGUGUGGACCAAUAAAAAUCAAGAAGAUAAAUCAGCUUUGUCAAAAACAAUGGUGUAGGAGACACUAAUCUGACUCGUCUGUUUGAGGGUACAGUUUCAUGGUAUAGAGCUCCUGUUCAUGCCAGGAUACGAUACGUUAACAUUGUUGUCAUGUUUUCUUGAUGGUCCUUGAAUAAAAGUAAAAAAUUAA